CCUCAUCUCAUCCCUAGGAGAAACAACGCAAGGAUGGGUAUUAUCGAGCGUGUUAAAGAGCUCUAUUCGAAAAAAGAACCCGAGCCGUUGAUCUCGACCAAUGUCGCUGUCGUGCUUUCGAUCGCUUGCACUCUGCUCUAUGUCGUGCCUUUAUACAUGUCGAAGGCUAGCAGACCUUCUCCGACCUUAAGUAGAGAUGCGCCUUCUGUUAUCAAAUAUCGAGUCCGAGCGGUCAUGACGGCGUGUUUCAUAUGCAGUCUCGGCACUCUAUAUCUGAUUGUUUCUAAGGGACAUACCACCUAUCUAGAGGCACUUCGAUUCCUUGGAUGGUGGCCGCUUGGACCGCUAGAAAUCGUUAAAUCUUUGUUUCUUACAGCUAUCCUCUUUUUGGGAUUCUUAUUUGAACGAGGAAUUGCGGAAGGCCAAUGGAGAAACUGGAUUCGAUGGCAGUCACUUAUUGAGCCUCUUACCGAAUGGGCUGGUUGGCGGAAUUAUGUCGCUGGCCCUAUUACUGAAGAAGUAGUCUUCCGCUCGAUCAUUGUCGCGCUGCAUUUGAUGGCAAAGAUCUCCCCAACAAGCAUCGUGUUUGUUUCCCCGCUUUAUUUUGGGAUUGCACACGUCCAUCACUUUUAUGAAUUCAAGUUAACCCACGCAUAUGCGCCUCUCGGAACGAUGCUCUUCCGCACAGUAUUUCAAUUCGCCUACACGACGAUUUUUGGUUGGUACGCUGCUUUUCUAUAUCUGCGUACUGGGUCGCUCUUCGCAGUCAUUGCUGUCCACUCGUUUUGCAAUUGCUGCGGAGUACCUCGACUUUGGGGCCGUGUGCAAGUUGACAUGCCAAUUGAGCCUAUUAUUGUGAGAUGUAAGGAGGAUGAGGAGUUUCCAGCGCAGCGGGUAGAGCAGAAGCAGCUUGGUAUCGGGUGGACUGUUGCAUACUAUGUUAUUUUGGUUGCCGGAGCUGUUGUAUUCUGGAGCCAGCUUUGGCCAUUGACCAAGUCGCCUCUGGCAUUGGCGUCGUUUUGA